ACAAUUCUAGGGGAGGUGUUUUUUGGGUGGAGCUUGGAGUCCAUCUGCUGGUCGAAGGAAUACACUGCAGAGAUUUGUAAAUGAGGAGCAAGAGCAGCAACGAUGUCCGGCCGAGGAAAAGGAGGCAAGGGGCUCGGGAAAGGAGGCGCCAAGCGUCACCGCAAAGUUCUUCGCGAUAACAUCCAGGGCAUCACCAAGCCCGCUAUCCGCCGUCUUGCGCGUCGUGGUGGCGUCAAGCGUAUCUCCGGUCUGAUCUACGAGGAGACCCGCGGUGUGCUGAAAGUGUUCCUGGAGAACGUGAUCAGAGACGCCGUCACCUACACCGAGCACGCCAAGAGAAAGACCGUCACCGCCAUGGAUGUGGUGUACGCCCUGAAACGCCAGGGACGCACUCUUUACGGAUUCGGAGGUUAAACGCUCGUCUAGAA